UAUGAAAAGGAUGUGCUGUAUUGUCUUUUGCGAGUGCACCAUUAUUCACUUCGCCUGUUCUCUCCCUUCAACCGAGCAAACCCUAAGAAAUCCCGAUUAUUAUCGUAGUUUGAGGUAGAAGAAAGGGUGGAAGCCAAAGCCAACAACAUCAAGAGCAACAGUAGGAGCAGUCUAGCUUAGCUUUUCAUACCUCACCUUAUCCAGGUUUCGGUUGUCUGUAUGCCCCAAUCUUCGCGAGAAGAGAACGAGAACAAGAUAUCUCUGUCACUGGAAUAUCGGUAAGGCCGAAAUUUACGUCGCCGUUGGAAGCUCGGUUUUGAUGGAUCCGAAAUUUUGUGGCUUUGGUUUCAUUGCAUAAAAUCGAAGGGGGCUGCUCAAUGACGCAAAGCUGCUCACUAACUGCUCGUACCUAUCUUUCCUGUGGCAAUUGGUCUUUGUUAUAUUCAAACAAACUUUAUUCUCCUGUUCUUCUCCCUUAUUUCUGCCAGUCCAAACAGUCCGACUCCAAGUUCGAAACCUGAAGUCACCAACUAUUAACGAUAAGCAAGCUGCGUGUGUUGGCUGAAAGAAGUAUGAUAGCAACUCAACAAGUCUCACAAAACCCCAUGACAGAUACAAUUUCUCACCAACCUCAACAACAACAACAACAGCAAGCGAAGGCCCAAACGUCUUCUACUAGUACGGCCCCGUCGACCGCUUCCUCUGGUUCUGCAUCUUCCGACAUCAAUGCUCGGCGUGACGCUGCUUCCAUGAUGAUGUCCAUGAGCCAACUAAUGGAUGCGGCAGCACUCCAUGCGCAAGCACAACAACAGCAAAGUGUUGGAGGCAUGGUGAACGCGGCAAAUUCCCAUCUCAACCACACGAGCCGUGGUCCGCACAAGAAACGUACUGCCUCUAGUGCUUCUCUCGAAAACGACCUGAUGAAUGGUCGAAGACCGGUUGCAGCGCACCACGGACACCAUCUGAUAAAUGGGGGAGGGAUAUUGCGAAUGCCCGUGACGGGAAACGCCACCGCAACAACUGCGUCGUCCGCGGUUUCGGCCGCAACCUCCUCCACGGAUGUAUCUAUUUCGUCCGUAGGAAAAGGAAAGGCAUCGGCAAGCAGCAGCGGCAACAAAACAAACGGUGCAUCCGCCAACGUACCUCUCACGGAAGAAGAAAAGAAGGCCGAGCGAAGAGCCGCAAAUCGUCGGUCUGCCUUUCAAUCAAGGCAGCGCCGAAAGAUACUCAUCGAGGACCUGCAGAGAACCGUGGCCGCUCUCUCGAAGGACAACAACGAUCUACGAAAAACAAAUGACGAAAUUCGAUCGCAGUUGGAGGCGGCUCUCCUUGAGAAUCGGCAACUCCGGCAAAUAACUAACUCUCUGUCGGUCCAGGCACAUGCCCAACAGCAAGCCCAGCAGGUGGUAGCUGCGCAGCAGCAGGUUCCACAAAGCCAGCAGCAGGUUGCCCAAGCACCAUCCAACAGCGGCAGCCCCAAGCUCUCGGCUCAGCAAACUCCCUCUGUCCCCACCCUUCCCCCUCCACCCCCUUCGGUGGCGGUUGCUCCCGCUCCCCCGACCAUCCCUCAACCGCCAGCCUUCAACCCAGCGGCCCUUACCAACUUUUUGACCACAUUUUCGUCCCAGGCCGCCGCAGCUGGGACCUCCCCGGUGGACCAACAACACAUUUUUAACGCCAAGAUCGCUUUGAUGGCAGCACAGUCACGGGUGAGCGAACUGGAGCACCAUCAAGCGGUAUCGCAGGCUCAGGCAGCUGCGAAUGCGGCGGUGGCGCAGCAGCAACAGCACGCGCAGCAACUCCAAGCACAAGCCCAGGCUGCGGCAUCAGCAGCCCUUGGACUAGCACAUGUAGCGCACCAGGCACCGGCCACCGGAAACCUUCCUGGUCGGAGUGAUAACCAGCACUUGGCCCGUCUUCAGGAACUCCUUUCGCGGGGCAUUGGAGGGAUGAACGGUCCUGCUACUUCCUCGGCAUCGCAGCAGCCCGCUCCGGCAACCACUGCUCCCUCUGCACCCGGAAACAACGCUGCCGGUGUUGAUCUUACGCAUCUUCGAAGUUUGUUGGAAGCCCAGCAGCAGCAACAACAACAAAACAUGGCCUCACAGGCACCGGGAUCGCCAUCGACUUCGGCGGCGAAGCAGGAAGCACACGAACAGGGCAAAAGCCAUUCGGAAAAUGCUGCCAUGAUUGCCAACGUUCCUAACGAGGCCCGAUCGGUCACAAAUCCCGCCAUCGUCACCCCUCCGUCUCCGGCUGGGGCCGCCACUGGGGCUUCUCCUCUCACGGGCCUUUCGAUAGCCGCUGGCCAGGAUGCACCCGGGAUCCAGCUCUUGAUCAAAUCUCUUCGGGCCGGACAGGGUGGUACUUCUGGCAGUGCCCCUCUGGACGAUGCCGUCAGAAAUUUUCUAAAGCAGCAACAGGCGCAAAUUGCACAACAACAACAGACGAAUUCCUCCACCACCGCCUCAAUUAAGGCCGAGAGCAAAUAGGAAGAGCGAGCAUUCGACACAACUACUCUCUCGUGUAAGGAGAAAAAAAUCGAAUUGGGAAGCAUGCCGAAUGUCGAAAAGAGAAUCCCGUCGUGGUCAACUCGGCUUUGAAUGAAACAAGCUGCCAUUUUUGCCAGGAACCUGUGUUCACUGGGAUAUCAGGCAGGCGGCAAUCAUCUUAUUAUUAACGCAUCAUUUGCACAUUUUUGUACCAUAUGUGUAACUGCAUCAUCUACCAUUACAUUCGAAGCUUUCACAGUUAAGGCUGCUGCCGAAUCUAAAAAGUGGGCGUCUAUUCGAAACUUGGAAAGAAUCUCGAGACGAGACAAAAGGGUCGACACCGAUCCACCAAACGAAACUACGAAAAUACCGAUCUGUCCAGUACAACUACGUCGCACAGCGCGAAGGAAACCAAACAAAACCAAUGAAACCAAACCAACUGAUAUUGCACCUCGCACGUGCUCGCUUUACUUUAUAUUCAUAAUAAUAUUAUUGCAUCCAUCGGCGCCAGGAACAUCACAAGCAAACGAAAUCAACCUCCUCUCUUUUGGGGGAUGAAACACUGACACGCAAAGAAACGAAUUAUACCUAUUGCCGAUGGAAUGUCUUUUCAUCUCAUUCUUUGGAAACAAUUACUUUUACAUUGCUUAGCCCUAGUAAUACUUUUAAGAACGAAUUUAGCAUGUUUUGACAUCACUCAGAGGAACUGUAUUCAACUUAAAAGAGCCAUCAAUACAAGCUUAUGGCACUU